UGUAGACUCACAAACAUGGUCAACAAACAUUGAGUCAGCUCUCAGUCCUCGCAGCCCACUACUUAAGAUCACUCACCCCCCAAACCUCUCAUUUCAUUCUCAUCUCUUCAUCUUCAUUCUCAUCUCUUUCCCAUUAUCCGUUGGGUCUUGCAUCGUUCGCCCACUUCAUAACUACAUCCCAACCCCCGCCCGGCUUUUCAAGUGCUCCCAUUCACACUUAGCCACUGCGCCUAGUUCAACAUGCCCCCAUCCAUCACUCUAGGAGACCACGACCCGGUGAGGGCCUCUGGUCACUCUCCUGCCGAGUUUCUGCCUCCAGGACUCAACAUCACCCCUCGUGGUUUGCCGCCCGGCUUCCCACCCCCCGGCCUCAGCAUCACUCCUCGUUGUCCCGCGCCCGAGUUUCUGCCGCCCGGCCUCGACAUCAUCCCUCGCGGUAAUCUUCCGCUUCUCUCUAAGCCCUAUCCACACGUGACUGGACUGCAGGUCCAGAGCCUUGACAAGACCCUUAAGGAGGGCUGUGACCGACUCUAUAACAUCUUCAUUCGCUUCGGUCACGUAUCCCUCCACGUCGGGAAGAGGCAUCGGGAGACACUUCCGACAGACCGCCCGCCUGCUGAGCAAAUCGAUACGAUCCAGAAGAAUGCGCAAGCUCUGAGCGACAUGCUGCAUGACCUCGCGCAUGUCCUCGGCGCCAUACCUGGGGCAGACGUCGCUCCGGCACACAUCCGCCUCGGAUUUCCUUACCUUGAACGCGACCGGGUUCCUGAGCCACCACUCAUCCUUGAGAGGGCUGACUCUCCUGCGCCAGUUGACUUUUCAGCGCCACGCUACUCGCCAGUCGACUUUCCUGCGCGACGCGACUCGCCCAUGCUAGUCGGCGAGAAUGCCUUCGAUGCGCCUGCACAGGAGGACGAUGGCAAUGUCCCGCACGAACCUUACGACAUUGAGCUGUUCAAUCCCUGCUCUUCUUCCGUGUCCUCUGAAGCAUCGCUCGAGGAACUUGCCGUGCAGCAGGGUGACUUGGUCGACGCGCAUACCUCUGACCUGGAUUGUGCAACAAUCAGCCUUGACGACCUCGAGUCCAUUCACACGGUUUCGGACGUGGAAACUGUGUACGAGGACCACGACAUCAUCGACACAUAUACUCUCGAUGGCGAAAUCUAUUGCUACCCUCCGCCUCCGCCUCCGAGGAGAAGUACUAGUCCUAAGGAUACGGGACACUGUACUGAGGGCGCCCCGGAUGCGUCCACCGACAUCGUGAUGUCUAGCGAUGACGGCUCUAAGGUGGCUUCUGGUGGCGACAUCACAGAUGAGCGCAUACUCUUCACCGACGACAAACACGUCUCUACUCUCAACAACAUGUCCGACCACCACAUCGCCGCCCCCCACGAUACCCCGGACCUGGCUGUUCUUUACACCUCCGCUCUCAACGCACUCGCUCGCAGUGAGGCAGCCGCUGCGCCAACCACUGGCGGUAGCUGCUUUGCCAGCCCCGCCCCCUCCGUUGCGAACGAGUCCACCACACCCAACAGGCAGUCGGCUGCUCUCAAGGUCGUGUUGCAGCCCGACUCAUCCUCGAAGAGCACAAGCCCGCUCCCAAUCGAGAGUGAGCAAACUGACAAUGGUUGCUCUGCCCUGGGACUCAGCUUUGUGGAUGACAUUCCAAGCCCUACAGAACUCACUGAACAUGUGCCACACACCGCCAAUUCCAUGGACGCGCAGGAUGCUGCGCCUAGCGGGCCGCCGCACAAGGAUAAGCUCUUCCAUGGCUUUGGCGCCAUGACGGGACUCCGCAGGAAGAAGAGGGCGAGGCGCGAGAUGAGCAAAACCAACAUCAACCAGCUUCGGGGCCAGCGGCCAGUCGAGAAGAAACGCAAGGUCGACCAGGCUGAGAAAGCAAAGCGGACCUCCAGCACUCUGAUCAUCCGUCCGCUCCUGUCACGCUUUUCCAGUCUCACGGCCGAGGCUCGGACGUCAAGCGAGUCGGAACACCACGGGCGGUGCACGCAGUGCACUGAGUUUGCGGGUCAGUGCCCUCAAUGCGCCGCUACCGCAGCGGCUGGGAUGACCCGCAUCAUGUCGCGGUCGAGCGACAUGAGCUCGCUAACUGUGGUGGACACGAUCUCGGAGGCGGGACAGAGAAUCAAGAAGGAGGGGUCUAUGCGCCGCUUGGCACGCAAACUUCGCAUCCCGUUUUAGGUGGCGAGUGAGGAGGAGUGGACGACACAUGCAACUGGAAGUUUCGACCAAGAUCGGGCUGCACCUGAGUAUCCACUCUCACCAUCGAUAGAAGUAUACCUCAGAGCGAACAGGCAGGAGCGCAUGACUCACUCAUGUUAUGCAUAGGAUCACUUGCUACAUUUCAC